CCCCCUCGCUCACACACUCAGGCAGCAUCCUCCCCAUCCUCUCCACUUUUCUACCUUCACACUCACCUCUUCGCGCCUCCCUCUGUCUGCUCCUCUCGCCUCUUUUCUUUUUUUUCCCUCCAUCACCUACUAACACAUAUCAUCUCUGGCAUCUCUCCCCCGGCUCCCUCCUCCAUCUCUUCAAUUCCUCCCUCUUUUCACACACACUCAACCUUGCUGUCUCACGCGUGUACACACACUCAUACUGAUUGGCACCCAAGGACAGAGCACCCUCUCUCCCAAACCGGCGACCGUGCACUGUGCUUGUGCCGCCUGCCGAUUUCUUGACUCUGAGCUCAGCUGAAGAAGAGGACGAGGAAGAGGCCAUGGAGCACAGUCACAUUUUCCCUGCUUUUUCCUCUAAUGGGAGCACCUGGAGCCCAGGGCAGCAUCCAUCUGAGGUUACCCAGGGAUGCCCCCUCGGACCACUGCCGGUCAUCUACUACAGCGUCCUGCUCUGUCUCGGCCUGCCUGCUAACAUCCUGACGGUGGUCAUCCUGUCACAGCUGGUGCUGCGUCGUCAGAAGUCCUCCUACAACUAUCUCCUGGCUCUGGCAGCCGCCGACAUCCUUGUCCUGUUCCUCAUUGUGUUUGUCGACUUCAUUUUGGAGGAUUUCAUAAUGGCCGCGCCGCUGCCCCUGUCGCUCAACAAUGCGGUGCAGGUUUUGGAGUUCUCCUCCAUCCACACCUCCAUCUGGAUCACCGUGCCGCUCACCAUCGACCGCUACAUCGCUGUUUGUCACCCGCUGCGCUACCACACAGUCUCCUACCCUGCCCGCACUCGAAGGGUAAUAUUUGCUGUGUAUAUCGGGUGCCUGCUCUCUGCAGCUCCUUAUUACUGGUGGCCUGAGCUGUGGCACAGCCUGCCCGGGGUGAGGAGUGGUGGAGGAGGAGAGGGUAACAGGAGAACCGUGGCCCAGCAUGUCCUUGUGUGGGCCCACUGCGCCACUGUCUACCUCCUCCCCUGCACCGUCUUCUUCUCCCUUAAUGCUGCCAUCGUUCGAAAGCUGCGCAGACGCCGCAGCUGUUUCCGUCUGCGCGGCUACUCCACCGGCAAGACCACCGCCAUCCUCCUCGCCAUCACCUCCGUCUUCGCCGUUCUGUGGGCUCCACGUACCCUCAUGAUCCUCUACCACUUCUACUCCCCUCCACCUGCGUCACGAGGUGCUGGCGUGCUGCUCCACAUGCUCACAGAUCUGGCUAACAUGCUCGCACUGCUCAACACCGGCGUCAACUUCUUCCUCUACUGCUUCAUCAGCAAGCGAUUCCGGGGAAUGGCGGCCAACGUGCUGCGAGCCAUGGUGCACUGCCGGAAGCAGCCGCCUCCGUUUUACGCCAGCCACAACUUUUCCAUCACGAGCAGCCCCUGGAUCUCACCGGCCAACUCCCACUGCAUCAAGAUGUUGGUGUACCAGUACGACAAAAACGGGAAGCCAAUCUGCAUUUCCUCCUGAGCUGUCAACCGCCAGCAGCUACCGCCACACUCAGCAGAACGGGAAUAUAUUCAGGCUUUGUCUACUUGGUGACCAGAUUACUCACGUGGGACUCUUUGAGGCUUGAAAAUGUCAACACGCCCGGAGAGCACAGAGGCGACGGUUUAGCUAUAGCUUUCAGUGAUAACAAAGUGGCAAGCUAGCAGGACGGAUAAAGAAACAGCAGGUAUUCAUAAAGCUGAGACCAGCUGAGAAAGGUUGAUUGUUUCCUCCAGCAAAAAAAAAAAACACUUACUGUAAGAGACUGACUGAUAAAGGGGUCUCAUCACCAUCUAUCACUGACUUUCAUAGGCCGAUGUUUGUAUCAGUGAUAAACCAUGACUGGAUGAGUCCUUGGUGAAGCAUCAAACGUCUGCUGACAGUGAUUUUUUUUAUGGUCGCUCGCCAUUGCACAACAGUGACGAGCCUCGAGCAGAUGUGUCGUUUUUCCUUUGGGAGUCAUUUCCAGACAUCACGCAGAGUUUCCUGCCAGAGUCUUGGCACUAAACGGCUCACCUUAGAGGGGUGAUUCACUCAGGCCGAGCCAGCGACGGCGUGUCCAUUGUCCACGGUUAUGACUGUCUGUCAAGCACUUCAAAACAGCGCUGUAGUUUCCAGUUUAAUAUGCAGAAGAGUCUCAAAGGCUUGUUAAUUUGUGCUUUUAUUCAAUGAACAGGCCUCCCUGACUUUCCUCAUCCUAGCAGUGCAGGUCACCUUCAAGUCGGCACUCGCUAUGGAAGUUAUCCCACAACCAAGCUCAAAGAUUGUCAAAGGAUGAGUAGACGCUCUCCUUACUGUUGGUUCAAUAUUUAUUAAACAUGACUGUUAUUGUAGCUGCACAAAAAAACACAACAAAAAGAAGUUAAUUGGAGUUGGUUUAGCUCCAAGGUGCCAUUAACCUAGAAAUCGCAUUUCCACAUUAGGAAGAGGACAUUUUUUCUGCUUUUUGUAGAUAGAUCCUUGAUUAACCUUUAAUGGACCUUGAUGACUUACUGUUAGCCAUUAUGUGGAUGAAUACAAUGAAUGUAUCUCUUAAACCCUUUAGCUUUCUAAGAUAAUGAGAAAAAACAGAGAGAGAGAGAUUGAGAGGAUAAAGCAAUCGGCCAUCCUUUUAGUUUCAACCUUUAUGAGAUUUUCUUUCCUAUCAUGCAGCAGUGAAUUUGAUCUCAGGGCCACAGAGAGGCAUUUCAGCGCUGUUUGUUCUGCUGUCCAAGUAACAUUUAACACCCAAACAUAGUCCUCUGCAUCAACUCCAUCUGGAACCUGCCUGGUUACAAACCAUAAAUGUGAGCACGCACACACACACACACACACAUUCAUACACUCUGCACUGUAUUAAGAACACAUUAAGAUCAGUGCACAACUAUUCUGCAGACACCUUGAGGCAUCGGCGGUGUUCAUCUAGCUACAGAGAAUGGAGCUUUGCCAAAGGGCAGAUUUCUGCUAAUAACUGCCAGGAGGGAUCAGACACAUCUGGCCUUUUGUAUUAAUGGAUAAGGCUUUAAAUCUGAUUGAUGUUAGGUGUGUCUGUCAUAGCUGAUAAUGUCACGACCUCCAGACUCUUGUUUAACACUCAAAUAUCUGACGCACUUAAAAAGGCAACAGCAGCUGUGUCGUUACUCUUUUUCUCACCAUAUCAACUAUCGGAGCAGAAACUGUCUGCGGCUGAAAAUCAGAGCAAAGAGUACAAAUCUGUGUCAUGGAGUAUAGCAGGGAUAUGAACUUGCAUUAUUUAUCACUCUUGUUUCUCUUCAGAUCAGAUCAAUCUUUUCGCCCUUAACUAAAGAUUUUCAUGGAGAGGGAUAAUGAGAGUAUUUCUGAUUGUGAUUUCUGAUUUUGGAUUAAUUGGCCUUAGGUUGUCUGUCUCAUUAUUUUGAUCAGUAAGCGUGUAUUAAAAGCAGUGAUAAAUCAAAGGGCUGCAUUUUUUGACGUAGAGCUGAAGUUGGUAGAAAUGCAGCUCUAUUUUACUUACAGAACUGUAAGGCUUCUGCUUUAUAUGUUUUCAAAACCAAGAUUUAAUUCAGAUAAAGAAAAAUGAACAGAUCAAGGUUGUAAAAUAAUAACGUUUCAGUCAGUUUUCAGUCAGUGAGUGCUACAUUGCAAAUAAGGGCUGAAUAUAAGGUUCUGACUCAUGGCUUACGUAAAGGUGCAUUCAUUCUUUUAACUAAAAAAACCCUAACCCAAUUCUCCCACAUCUAAACUGCCCCUUUUUUCAGUUUUGCACUCAGAAACUAACUGGCCCUGCCGACUUUCAAUUCCUUUUUCCUUUUUUUUUUUAUCACAAAUUGAUUUCCUUAAAAUUGCAAAACAAAUAGAGGACGACCAAUUUCCACAUUCUCCUCAACUCCUUUACUCUGCGUUCCUCCCACUCAUCCAAACCCACCCCAAACCCACCCCCGCUUUAUGUCAAAAGCACUCGUUUAGAGUUAAUUCUCUCAAGGGUUCCUUUUUUUCUUAAAGAAACAAUUACCUUUAAGUACUUUUUGUGCAUCUUUGUCCACCAGAAAAUCACCCUGUCAAAAAGCUGGUGGGUGUUAAAGACUAUUUGAUGGAGAUAAAUAGACAAAAAGUCAAUAACAAUAAUCACUCAGUGAGCUCAUAGUGUGUGAAAUAGUCAGGCUCGGCAGGAGGAUACAUUUCAUUUAGUGUAAAGGCACUGAAAUAUGUGUUUUAAUCCUAAUCAAUACGCCUAAUGAGCAGAUCAAUAAGAAAGUAAGAUCAGGAAAAAAUGAUUUUGGCUUCAGGCCAAGGAGUUCGUGCCAGAUCAAUGUUGCCAUGGCAAUAACUUCACGUGUUAAAACCGUCCAGUGUUUUCAGCCAUGUUAAUGUGACAUUUGCGCGAGACCCUGCAGCUCAUUUUAGAGGCCUCCAGGGAAUGAUGCAUGCUGGGAAACCUAAGCAAAGGGAUGGGUGGGGAGGGGGUUUUAAAGAGUGUCGCACACAGGUGUGCCUUUGUGUCCACACGUGACGCACUCUGGAGCAAGUGGAAGAGGUGUGUGUAUGUGUGAGUAUUUGUGUGUGUGUGUGUGUGUGUGGUGUGUGUGUGUGUGUGUGUGUGUGUGUGUGUGUGGUCGGGGUGGGAAGAAAUAUCCCAUCGUUAUGAAAAAAAAACAGAUAUUAAAAAGAUAACCCAGCAUAAAUCAAUCAGACGGUGAAAUUGUAUUUUUUCUCUUACACAGGCUGCUCUAGUGUUUCCUCUCCAUCUCUCUCUUUCUACAAUGUGUGUGUGCAUGUUUGUGUACAAAUGUGUGUGUGUGUGUGUGUGUGUGUGUGUACAUAAUGUCUGUGCUAUACAGAAUGAAGCUGUAAUAUUUGUGCCAUAGGACCUGUAAUGUACGAUUUAAACGAUGUAUUUAUACUCAGUCUUGAUGAAUAUAACUACAUGCAGCACAGUAUUAUAAAGAUAUAUCCAUGAAUGUAAAACUGAAGCUUAGAGCAUCUUUGUCUGUAUUUUUCUGAUUGUGAUUUUUUACAUGAUUACAUUUUUUGAGCAGUCUUUGACCUUGGUCCACAGCAGUGUUACAGGACUGUGUUACAGGACUCAUCUGGAGUGAUUAUAGGCUUGCAUUAAUCAGUUUUUCCUCCUAAUGAAUGUAUUGAUUGUAUCAAGAGUAUUUAUUACUGUAAUGUGACAGAGUAUGCAGAAAAGUAUUGGCUGAUAUCGAUAUUUUUGAUUAACAAAAUAAAGAACAGAA